AUUUGUACUCCGUAUAACGUAACCCUGUUUAUUACCCCAAAAAUAUUGAGUAACCCUAUUAUUGAUUCAGAUGCAAUCAUUUUCGUUUUCGGUACAAGUGUAUGCUCAAGCUCCGAAAUUCCGACCAGUCCUGUCGUAGCCAUUUUCAUUGUUUCCAUAAAAAGGAAACAGCUGUCACUGUCCGAAGUCCGGCGUCUUGACCGGAGAGCGGGUAAAGCAGGAGUAGAACGAGAACUACUGGUGCUGGAAUUUCACCCGACAUCAGUCAGUUCAUCACCGCCGGGCAUAUCCCUAAGAAACGCGGUGAGAUGCUUGCUCUAAAGAGAUUCUGCCGAUCAGUAACGGGUUUGGAUCCGGACCCAUCCGAAUACGCUGGGAUCGAAUUCUGGUCCAACCCGGAACGAGCAGGGUGGCUCACCAAGCAAGGCCAGCACAUCAAGACCUGGCGCCGCCGUUGGUUUGUUCUUAAGCAGGGAAAGCUUCUCUGGUUCGAAGACUACCUUUCUGCCUCCAGGCACGACGGCAUCCCUCGCGGCGUGGUCCCUGUGGCGAAGUGUCUCACCGUCAAAGGCGCGGAGGACGUCCUCCAGAAGCCCUUGGCCUUCGAGCUCUCAAUCGGCAAUGAAGAGCCGAUGUAUCUCCUCGCCGAUACCGAGAAAGAGAAGGAGGAGUGGAUCAAUUCCAUUGGACGCUCUGUAGUUCAGCACUCUAAAUCUGUGACCGACUCUGAGGUCGUCGAUUACGACAGCAGGCGGUAGUUUAACAAGAUAAACCAUGCUAAUGGUAUAAGAAAUGCAAAUAUGUCCUUGCCAGUUGCCACUGCUCCUUGGUGUGCCAAGCCGGCCCUUUGCACGGUGCUGUUUGUUUGGAACUUCUGAGUCAUUUGGUCUCUGUAGACUUUCUUUACUUUGAUAUUAAUGUAUUGAUAUUGAAUCUGAAGUUACAACUGGUAUAAGAAUGUGUAUUAGUCACCUAGAAUAGGUGUACUUCACCUAAUGAAACAGUGGUACUUCAUUCUGUUUGUGAAAUUGCCUAUAUUUACGGUCACCUUAAACAGUUAAACUGAGAGAGGUCACAGCUUGAAUGAAUUUAAGAAUCUGUUUGGUAAGGGUUACUUUAUGGCUGAAUCUGAUGAAUUUUCUAAGGAAAAAUUUUG